AUGAGGUCCUACCUGUGGAGACUCACUCGUCUGGGCCAGGCUGUUCGAUGGCUCUUGCUUCUGGCCGUGCUGUUCUUCUUCCUCGUUAUCCUUCCCUCCUUUAUUAAGGGGCCUGACACCAAGCCCACCAGACUGUCCCCCUCCCAUGCACAGAGUGCACCCCAGGAUGUCACGCACGGUGCAACCCAGACCCCUGCCAGGGAUGGAGAAGAGACCCGAGCUUCGCACGGGGAGGGUCGCAUCUCCGCUAAGCUCAACGCCGAGGCCCCAGUAACUGAGCCCACGGCUGCGGGCCGCCGACUGGAGUCCCAGCCCAGGUGGGAUUUCGAGGAAAAAUACAGCUUCGACGCGGGCGGCCUGCAGACGAAAUGCCCCGACUCUGUGAAGGUGAGAGCCUCCAAAUCCCUCUGGCUCCGGAAUCUCUUUCUGCCCAACCUCACCCUCUUCCUGGACUCUAGAUGCUUUGGCCAGAGCGAGUGGAGCCGCCUGCAGCACUUCGUGCCUCCCUUUGGCUCCAUGGAGCUCGAUCACUCCUUGGUGCAGAAGGUGGUGACUCGCUUCCCUCCAGGGCCCCAGCAGCAGCUGCUCCUGACCAGCCUCCCUGCUGGGGCCCGGAGCAUCAGCUGCGCCAUGCUGGGCAAUGGGAGCAUCCUGAACAACUCGGGCGUGGGCCACGAGCAGACAGACAGCCAUGACUACGUGUUCCGCCUGAGCGGAGCUGUCACCGAGGGCUAUGAACAGGACGUGGGUGCUCGGACGUCCUUCUAUGGCUUUACUGCCUUCUCUCUGACCCGGUCGCUUGUCAUAUUGGGCCGUCGGGGUUUCCGGCACGUGCCCCUGGGGAAGGACAUCUGCUGCCUGCACUUCCUGGAAGGUGCCUGGGACGAUGAGUGGCUGGAGGCACUGCUCCUGAAUCAGACCCCGGUGAAAAAGAGCCUUUUCUGGUUCAGGCACAGGCCCCAGGAGGCUUUUCGGGAAGACUUGUGAUUGGACAGGUACCUGUUGCUGCGUCCAGACUUCCUCCCAUACGUGAAGAACAGGUUCUUGAGGUCUAAGACCCUGGAUACCGUCCACUGGAGAAUAUACUGCCCCUCCACUGGGGCCCUCCUGCUGCUCAUCGCCCUUCAGCUCUGUGGCCAGGUGAGUGCCUACGGCUUCGUCACCGAGGGCCACCCACGCUUCUCUAACCACUACUGUGACACGUCAUGGAGGAAGACGAUCUUUUACAUCAACCACGACCGCGAGUUAGCGAGAACGCUCUGGAAGCGGCUACAGCUGACGGGAGCCGGGCUGCGUCGCUCCUCAGCCGUUCCCCCGCGGGACCCGCUCCAGGCCGCUCCGGACUUCCGAGGGGACAUUCAUACCAAGGAGGAGGAUGGCCGAGGCCUUGGAGACCUUGGGAAGAUGCCGCAGGUUCUGCUCCUCUCUUAG